AUGCAGCCAAUCUCGAUUGCACUUGCUUUCCUUUCGCUGACUGGUUCAGCUCUUGCUAGACCAGCCCCUGCGGAGCCUGUGCCUUCACCAUCCACUACUGCAACUGCUUCUCUGGAGGACCGAGACCUGAUCGGAGAUCUUUCUGGAGCUGUCAACGGUGUCCUCGGUGAUGCUGUAGGAGAUAUCGACGACGCCCUCUCCGAAGUUGGAGCCGGCAAGAUUGCUGGAACCCAGGCCUGGAGCACUAUCUCAUCAGCUCUGGCACAGGUCACAGCGACAAAAACCCAGACCAAUGCUGCAUCUGCUAUCUCCCAAUUGUCCAGCAUUCAUGCUGCUAAGCCUUCAGCCAACCUUUACGAAUUCGUUGCUGCGAUUGCUGCAGAAGGUCUUACCGCUAACUCUGUCACCGACCUCCUCGGUUCCGUCGACGGCUUGGCCAGUGGCGAGAACAGCAUGAGCAAUGUCAACAUCCAAACACCCAAGGAUACUAUUUACCCUAAGAAGGGCAACGAUCCCAAGUACAGCGUUACUGAGUCUUCGCUUCGUUCUGCUAUCUACAUUCCGUCUUCUUUCCAAGGGGGAAAAGUACAGCCAGUGAUUCUUAUGCCUGGCACUGGUGCAACUGGAUACUUCACCUACGUGGGAAAUUNNGUAAGAAAGCUACUCUUCUGCAGGUUGAAGAACUUUACUGACACAGUAUUAGAUAUCAAACUUCUGACUGGAUCAAGCUACGCCGACCCCGUCUGGCUCAACAUCCCUGGAUACCUCUUGAACGAUGCUCAGGUCAACGCCGAAUACGCUGCCUACGCAAUCAACUACAUUGCUAGCAUUACUGGCAAGAAGGUAUCCAUCAUCGGCUGGUCCCAGGGCAACAUCGACAUUCAGUGGGCAUUCAAGUAUUUCACUUCGACCCAGAAGUCGACCAGGAACCACAUUGCCAUCAGCCCUGAUUAUGCCGGUACCGUCAAUGCCAACCUCAUCUGCCCCGAUGGUCUUCCAUGCGAUCCAUCCGUCCUGCAACAGCAAUACAAGGGCACAAGCAACUUUGUCGACAAGAUGAGAGCCAACAACGGCGACUCUGCGUACGUUCCAACAACCACCGUGUACAGCGGACUUUUCGACGAGAUUGUCGAGCCCCAGCAAGGCACAGGUGCCUCCGCAUACCUGAACGAUGUCCGCAAAGUGGGCGUUACCAACAAUUAUCUUCAAGGAAUCUGUCCUGGCCUCCCUGGCGGUUCAUUCUACACCCACGAGGGUGUGCUUUACAACCCCAUUGCAUUCGGCCUGGUCAAGGAUGCUCUGGUCAACGGCGGCGCUGGCCAGACGUCUCGUAUCAAUGUCAACUCGUUGUGCAACAUGUACCUCGCCGAAGGCCUGAACGUAGGCGACUUGCUGCUCACAGAGAACGCCAUUCUAGUCGCUGCACUCUCUCUGGUUCUCUACGAGCCCAAGGUCACGGUGGAACCCGCCAUCAAGUCCUACGCCACUUACUAA